AUGUAUUCGGAUGGCGAAGGAGUAGAUGGGAUAAUAGGUGUAGGAAUGAUAACUUCUUCUGAUUCAGUACUUGAUGAAGAUGAUGUUUCAGUACUUGAAGAUGUUUCAGUACUUGAAGAUGUCUCUGUACUUGAUGAAGAUGUUUCAGUACUUGAUGAAGAUGUCUCUGUACUUGAUGAAGAUGUCUCUGUACUUGAUGAAGAUGUUUCAAUGGAUGAAGAUGUCUCAGUGGAUGAAAAUGAUGUUUCAGUACUUGAUGAAGAUGAUGUCUCAGUGGAUGAAGAUGAUGUCUCAGUGGAUGAAGAUGAUGUCUCAGUGGAUGAAGAUGUUUCAAUGGAUGAAGAUGAUGUCUCAGUGGAUGAAGAUGAUGUCUCAGUGGAUGAAGAUGAUGUUUCAGUGGAUGAAGAUGUUUCAGUGGAUGAAGAUGAUGUUUCAGUGGAUGAAGAUGUUUCAGUGGAUGAAGAUGAUGUCUCAGUGGAUGAAGAUGUUUCAGUGGAUGAAGAUGAUGUUUCAGUACUUGAUGAAGAUGAUGUCUCAGUGGAUGAAGAUGUUUCAGUGGAUGAAGAUGAUGUUUCAGUACUUGAUGAAGAUGAUGUCUCAGUGGAUGAAGAUGUUUCAGUGGAUGAAGAUGAUGUUUCAGUACUUGAUGAAGAUGUUUCAGUGGAUGAAGAUGUUUCAGUGGAUGAAGAUGUUUCAGUGGAUGAAGAUAUUUCAAUGGAUGAAGAUGUCUCAGUGGAUGAAGAUGAUGUUUCAGUGGAUGAAGAUGUUUCAGUGGAUGAAGAUGAUGUUUCAGUACUUGAUGAAGAUGAUGUCUCAGUGGAUGAAGAUGUUUCAGUGGAUGAAGAUGAUGUCUCAGUGGAUGAAGAUGUUUCAGUGGAUGAAGAUGUUUCAGUGGAUGAAGAUGAUGUCUCAGUGGAUGAAGAUGUUUCAGUGGAUGAAGAUGAUGUCUCAGUGGAUGAAGAUGUUUCAGUGGAUGAAGAUGUUUCAGUGGAGGAUGAAGAUGUUUCAGUGGAUGAAGAUGUUUCAAUGGAUGAAGAUGUUUCAGUGGAUGAAGAUGUCUCAGUGGAUGAAGAUGUUUCAGUGGAGGAUGAAGAUGUUUCAGUGGAUGAAGAUGUUUCAAUGGAUGAAGAUGUUUCAGUGGAUGAAGAUAAUGUCUCAGUGGAUGAAGAUGUUUCAGUGGAUGAAGAUGAUGUUUCAGUACUUGAUGAAGAUAUUUCAGUGGAUGAAGAUGUUUCAAUGGAUGAAGAUGUUUCAAUGGAUGAAGAUGUUUCAAUGGAUGAAGAUAUUUCAAUGGAUGAAGAUGUUUCAAUGGAUGAAGAUGUUUCAGUGGAUGAAGAUGUUUCAGUGGAUGAAGAUGAUGUUUCAGUGGAUGAAGAUGUUUCAGUGGAGGAUGAUAUUUCAAUGGAUGAAGAUGUCUCAGUGGAUGAAGAUGAUGUUUCAGUGGAUGAAGAUGAUGUUUCAGUACUUGAUGAAGAUGAUGUCUCAGUGGAUGAAGAUGUUUCAGUGGAUGAAGAUGAUGUCUCAGUGGAUGAAGAUGUUUCAGUGGAUGAAGAUGUUUCAGUGGAUGAAGAUGAUGUCUCAGUGGAUGAAGAUGUUUCAGUGGAUGAAGAUGAUGUCUCAGUGGAUGAAGAUGUUUCAGUGGAUGAAGAUGUUUCAGUGGAUGAAGAUGUUUCAGUGGAGGAUGAAGAUGUUUCAGUGGAUGAGGAUGUCUCUGUACUUGAAGAUGUCUCUGUACUUGAUGAAGAUGUCUCAGUACUUGAAGAUGUCUCAGUGGAGGAUGUAGAUGUUUCAGUGGAGGAUGUAGAUGUUUCAGUGGAGGAUGAAGAUGUUUCAGUGGAUGAAGAUGUCUCAGUACUUGAAGAUGUCUCAGUACUUGAAGAUGUCUCAGUACUUGAAGAUGUCUCAGUGGAGGAUGAAGAUGUUUCAGUGGAGGAUGAGGAUGUUUCAGUGGAUGAAGACGUCUCUGUACUUGAAGAUGUCUCAGUGGAGGAUGAAGACGUCUCUGUACUUGAAGAUGUCUCUGUACUUGAUGAGGAUGUUUCAGUGGAUGAAGACGUCUCUGUACUUGAAGAUGUCUCAGUGGAGGAUGAAGACGUCUCUGUACUUGAUGAGGAUGUUUCAGUGGAGGAUGAAGACGUCUCUGUACUUGAAGAUGUCUCUGUACUUGAAGAUGUCUCUGUACUUGAUGAGGAUGUUUCAGUAGAUGAAGAUGUCUCUGUACUUGAAGAUGUUUCAGUGGAUGAAGAUGAUAAGGAUUCAGUACUUGAAGAUGAAGAUGUCUCAGUACUUGAAGAUGUCUCUGUACUUGAAGAUGUCUCAGUGGAGGAUGAAGAUGUUUCAGUGGAGGAUGAGGAUGUUUCAGUGGAGGAUGAGGAUGUUUCAGUGGAUGAAGACGUCUCUGUACUUGAAGAUGUCUCAGUGGAGGAUGAAGACGUCUCUGUACUUGAAGAUGUCUCUGUACUUGAUGAAGAUGUUUCAGUGGAUGAAGACGUCUCUGUACUUGAUGAGGAUGUUUCAGUGGAGGAUGAAGAUGUCUCUGUACUUGAAGAUGUCUCUGUACUUGAAGAUGUUUCAGUGGAUGAAGAUGAUGAGGAUUCAGUACUUGAAGAUGAAGAUGUCUCUGUACUUGAAGAUGUCUCUGUACUUGAUGAAGAUGAUUCGGUGGAUGAUGUUGAGUCUGAGCUUGAGGAAGAUUCAGUGGAUGAAGAUGAUUCAGUAGAUGAAGUUGAAUCAGAGCUUGAAGAAGUUUCAGUGGAUGAGGAUGAUUCAGUGGAUGAAGUUGACUCUGUACUUGAUGAUGAUUCAGUGGAUGAAGUUGACUCUGUACUUGGGGAAGAUACAGUAGAUGAAGAAGUUUCAGUACUUGAGGAUGAUUCAGUACUUGAAGAUGAAUCUGAGCUUGAAGUUGAGUCGGAUGAGGUGGAACUUGAAGUUGAUGGCUUCUCUUCGUUUUGCUCUAAAAUUUCGUAA